UCACCCCCAACCUGAGGGUCUGGUUUGGUGACGUGGAGGCUGACACCAUGUAUCGACCCGUGCGCGGCGGUGUCGCCGCCGUGCAUGAGCGAGGCCGAUCGUUACAGCCUGGAGGCCCUGCAGAGCAUCCACCAGAUGAUGGACGAUGACAAGGACGGAGGGAUUGAGGUGGAAGAGAGUGUGGAGUUCAUCAUUGAAGACAUGAAGCAGCAGCAGACCAACAAACACAGCCACCUGCACGGAGAAGAUCAGCACAUCACAGUGGAAGAGCUUUGGAAAGGCUGGAAGUCAUCCGAAGUUCAUAAUUGGACCCAAGACGACGUUAUCCGGUGGCUCAGGGAGUUUGUGGAGUUGCCGCAGUACGAGAGGAAUUUUAAAGACUUCAAAGUCAACGGAAACACGCUCCCAAGGAUUGCAGCCAACGAGCCUUCGUUCCUGAGUGGCCAGCUGAGGGUUCAGGAUCAGAGGGACAAACAGAAGCUCAACAUUAAGGCUCUCGAUGUCGUUCUGUUUGGACCACCAACGCGCCCCCCUCACAGUUACAUGAAAGACCUGCUGCUCAUUGUGUCAGUCGUGAUGGGAGUCGGCGGCUGCUGGUUUGCUCAGGCCCAGAGCAAAACCAGUAAGAUCCACAUCACCAAGAUGAUGAAGGAUUUGGAAAGCCUGCAGAGGGCCGAACAAAGCCUCAUGGACAUGCAGGAACAACUAGAGCGAGCCCAGGAAGAGAAACGCAAUGUGGCAGAGGAGAAGCAAAACCUGGAGGAGAAGAUGCGGGACGAGAUCAUGGGGGCACAGGAAGAAGCCCACCGGCUGCAAGAGCUGAGGCAGGGCGCCGUCAGCGAGCUCAGCCGCCUCCGAUAUGCAGAAGAAGAGCUCGUGCAGGUCCGUGGCGCACUAAGGCAGGCAGAAAAGGACAUGCAUGCUUCAUGGACCGCCUCAGAAGUUCUCCAGCAGUGGCUCCAGUUGACACAUGAAGUUGAGGUCCAGUACUACAAUGUCAAGAAACACAGUGCUGAAUUACAGCUUGCCAUUGCCAAAGAGGAGGCAGAAAAGAUUAAGAAGAAGAGAAGCUCAGUCCUUGGGACUCUCCACGUUGCCCACAGUUCAUCUUUGGAUCAGGUCGACCACAAGAUUCUCCAGGCAAAGACUGCCUUGUCUGAGGUAACGGCGUGCCUUCGGGAGCGUCUCCAUCGCUGGCAACAUAUUGAGCGGAUCUGUGGCUUCCCCAUCAUCAGGAAUCCUGGCCUCACGAACCUCACCGCUGUGCUCUACUCAGACUCGCUUGCUGUGGGUUUUCCCAGAGUGCCUCAGCCAUCUUGCUCAUGGCACAGCUCACUUCAUGGCUCAAUCGAGGACCUGUUGGAAGAGUCUGCCGCGGCUAUCCUAUCUCAAAUUCCAGUUCCGGGGGCUCCACUUAAGAACCCUCCUCGAACUCGGACGUCAACAAUAUGCCGGUCACGUCGUCACGGUGUCGCACAACCACCGAGCACUCUGAUCUCGGCAGAUCCUGACCUUCUCAUCCCGAUUCGAGGCCCCUAUCCCUGCUUCGACGACGACGAUGGAGUCUUUUGUAAAACCAUAAAUAAACAAGACUCCCAAGAAAGGUUCUCAGAUUCGGACCAUUCCACGUCACCUCCUCAUAGCAAAAUCUACGCUUGUCCCACUGCUGACGCCUCGCACAGAAAGCUCUGUUAUGAUGAGACAGAAUCUCUGGCAGACAGCUGCGUGACAAAGCUUGUGAGUAAAGAAUUGGAAGCCGAAGUUGAAUCUCCAAUUCGAAAAAUGUCUCUGGGAGACCGUGAUUCUCCUGUCGAUAAUUGUUGUAGGAAGACAGCAAAAGAUAAAGUUCUGGACAAUUCUUUGGACAGUCCUCCAAUGUUGACGUCGAAAGAGCCGUCUGUAAUCGAGGCAUCAUUCAGGAAGAAAUCCAGAGACAGGAGUGACGUUGCCACAGAUUUUCUAAUUAGAAAGGUGUCUUCCAAUGAAUUGGGUCCAGAAUUCCCACUUAGGAAAACAGAGGGGGACAUAAUACAGGAUGUUACAGCAAAUCCAUCACGAAACAUACCGAAAGAGCGAGGUGAUUUACCACUUGAAGGCCGGAAGAUGGUUUGGGAUGAAGUAGAGGCAUCAGAAUUUGGACAUAAGAAGUUAUCAAGGGGUUUAUUAGGGCCUUCGGUAGACAGUGCCCCAAAGAACAUACUGGAAAGUUCUGAGUCGCCCGUUGACCUAGUACCCAGAAGGAUUACAAGAGAUUUAAUGGGAAUGUCCUUGGACGGAAGUUCGAGGAAUCUCGAUUCCCAUUUGAAGGGAAUAGCCAAAGAAGACAAAAUGAUCGAGGUGCCUUUAAUACCCUUGAGAAAAAUCUCUAGAGAGGGCUACUUUGCAGACACCGUUUCCAUGACGGCUGCACCCAGAGAUGAAACGGAACAACUUUUGCAACACACAUCUUCAACAGAGAUCGAUUCAGAAUCCCCAAUAAAUAGGAGGCUAUUUAAAGAGGAGCGAGAAGUACCUCUCAGAAGGAGAACAGCUCGAAUACCAAGAGAUGACCGUAUUUCACAAGAAAGUACUCCCUGGGAUAGAGUUGAAUCACCGACGGAAACGCACCGUUCUCCAGCAGUGAGGCAAGCGUCUGAAGAUUCCGAAUCAAACUCAGCCCCAGGUGAGACUGAGCAGCCGGAUCUCACGGGGAUCGGCCACGUGCCGUGGAAGUCAUCUGCGGAUAUCUUUGCAGCUGCUCCAUUGAGCCAUCUUGUUUAUGACGGAAUCCUGGAGAAGUCCUGCAACCCUCUGGCGGCAACCCCGUUGAGUCUUUCUGCCGCGGUGUCCAACCUUCCUCAGUGCUACCCCAGCGUUCUGACAGAGUCUGAGCCACUGGUGGCACCAGAAAGAGGAACCUACCAAUAUCUGGCAUCCUCCCCUGAAGCUAAAGAUGACAGAAACAGGGAUAAAGACAAGAACAAGAAGUCCUUGAAGCUGAAAAAUCUCUUCAAAAAGAAAAACGAGGCAAUGGCAGAGAAGAUACAAAGUGGUCUCCAGAAACUUUGAUGAUGAAUUGAACAUAUUUUGGUUGGAUCCAUUUUUUUUUUUGUUUUUUGUUUUUUUUCCCAGUUUUACAAACGUACUCAUCCCAGUGUAGAUUUCAUUUUAAGGUAGUGCUUUAAAGAUUACCUGCAGUGCUAUUACUGUACUGUUUCAAAUUCUGGACUCCAUUCAAGUCAAAGACUUCGAUUUGAAACUAGUAAGGCCUCAACCCCCCUGCUGGAAACUUGCUAGAUGUGACUGUACUGACUUUGACGGUCUGAUUCACUUGACUUCGGUCAGUUCAUAAACAGAUGCUAACGUUCCCACACGUUGACCGUAAAAGGUUUACUGCUGAGUCCAGCUGGACUCCAACUGUGGAUGCCUGAGCUGCUUCGAGAAGCUUGGGUGCAGCUCUAGAUGACCAGUCGCGUCUCCGUUGCAGCCCUGAGACAUGUUGUGUUUGUGUUUUCGGCAGCAGAGAACUGUAAACACGAGCUAGGUUUCAGGUACUGAGCCCCUUUAGACUCGUUCGGUCCAGUCUUUCUCGGCCCCCCUUCACUCCUAAUAAACGCUGAGCUAUGCCCAGAACUCUCGACACUUUGACUGAGGUGCUCCUGCCACUAUGUGAGGAAAAAAACGUUGAUAUUAGAAGCAGUUUUUCUUUGUCUUUCUUUGGUCUUUUGUCUUCUGGUUGAUACCUCGGUACAGUCGAACGAGGCGGCAAAAGAUUUUGCUCUUUGUUUGUGUGUGUGUGUGACAUGGCCAAUUCUUUACUUUGAUUAGAAAUGACCACGAUGACAUCCAUGUUUUUACUACCGUCAUCAUCACUCAUCAGUGAGUCUGGACUCGAGCUCAUUUUGGCUCGUUUAUUAUUUUGCAUAAAAAAAAAAAAAGUCUUAUUUUUUUGUUAUUACUGUAUAAUGCACUGGUAAGCGUUAUUCGUGUUAUUAAAAGACUUAUGUUGCAUCUGUGAGGCACAAAAGGGCCGAGAGGUUUUGCUUUUUAGCAAGCGCUCUUCAUCUUUGCACGGCAGCAGAUGCACGCGAGCUCUUUUCCACACGGGCCCUCCAGAUGCCGAGUUGC